CCCACCCACCGACGCGUCGCCAAAGGAAACUUCUCAAAGCGCCGACCGGCUCCACCGCGCCCGUAACUCCAACGACGCUCCAACCGCCGCUGCCGCCUCCUCCCAAAAGGCCGCCGUGAUCCCCGCCCCGCUCCUCGCCGGCGACCACCGGCCACCGGCGACGCCGCCAUGCCGCCCCCCGAUCCGACUGCCCGCCUCCGCGUCCACCGCCUCCUCUUCCUCGCGACGCUCUCGCUCCUCCUCGCUCAAGCCCUAGCCGCCUCCUCCUCCGCGUCCACCGUCGAGGCCGGGGACCCCUGCGCGGUCGCCGUGUCGGACGGGGGUAGCGAGGCCCGUUCGUGCCCGGUGCGGUGCUUCCGACCGGACCCGGUCUGCGGCGCCGACGGGGUCACGUACUGGUGCGGCUGCCCCGAGGCCGCGUGCGCGGUGGCCCGCGUGGCGCGGCGCGGGUACUGCGAGGUCGGCGCCGGCUCGGCACCCGUCUCCGGGCAGGCGCUGCUGCUCGUCCACGUCGUUUGGCUCUUCGUGCUCGGCGCCGCCGUCCUCCUCGGCUUCCUCUGAUGCGCGCGCCCCCGUUCCUCCCAUCCCCGCGGUUGCAUUCCCCUCCCCAAUGAACUGCUCUACAGACUACAGAGUGCAAGCAGAAAUCCCCACAUCUAAUUUUAUAGCAAUCGGGACAUUUUUAUUCAGACUUCAGAGCAACAUGCCAUGACAAAAGAGAUUUGGAUCCCAGCCAUGCACAUAAUUAUUCUUUCAUGAUGUUUUUUUUCCUUCAAAUGAACGGUAUUAGGCACUUACUUCCGCAUUUGGUCCCGGCUUCCAACGCCUUUUCCUUAGAUAAUGUACAAUAGGGUGCUGAGAUGAGACGCUUAUGAAAAAAAAUCAAGUUUUUUGCCUCAACUGCACUGACACAGGUG